AUGUACUUUUAUUACAAGAAAUGGCAGCGCGAGCCGGGCGGGGAGGAGAUGGGGGGAUUUACACGCGUGUUGCACACGGGGAAGGAAGACGAGCUCAUGGGGGAAAUCCCGACCUUCGUCGUCAACCCGCUGCCGCCGCAGCAACAAACGGACUAUGUGGUUCUGAAUCGUCCAUACGCGUUCGUGCAGUGGAUUCAACAAGCCACUUUUCCUGAAGACUAUGUAUGGAUGGCAGAGCCAGACCACCUCAUUCUGCGCCCCAUCCCCAACCUCUCAGUGGGCGACAUGCCUUCAGCCUUCCCCUUCCAUUACAUCGAGCCCGCCAAGAAUAAAGCGGCACUGCACCGGUGGUUCCCUCCGGAAAAGGGCCCCAUCAAUAAGAUCGACCCCAUCGGCAACUCCCCUGUCAUCAUCCACAAGCACUUGCUGCGUCGCCUCGCCCCGCUGUGGCACAACGUGACUCUCGAGAUGAAGUCUGAUCCAGUGGCUGACAAGGCGUUCGGAUGGGUGCUGGAAAUGUACGGUUAUGCCACGUCAGCUGCUCUGUUGGGGAUACAGCACACUCUACACCGCAUGUGGAUGAUCCAGCCGCCAUGGGAUACUGAGCCCGGGGACUCCUACCUCAUCCACUACACAUACGGCUGUGACUUUGCCUUAAAUGGAACAAUGACUCCAGGGGUGGUGGGUCCCUGGCACUUUGACAAGAGGGAUUUCAACACAGCACCACCUCGCAACCUCUCCCUCCCACCCAAAGGAGCUGCCCCUUCUGUUGUAAGCAUAGCCGCUUGUGCAACCUUCUGGUCAACCUCCUUCGUCAAGCCAGUGCGGCUGCUGCAGAGGCUAUCAGUAGAGGAGGAGGAGGAGGAGGAGGAGGAGGAGGAGGAGGAGGAGGAGGAGGAGGAGGAGGAGGAGGAGGAGGAGGAGGAGGAGGAGGAGGAGGAGGAGGAGGAGGAGGAGGAGGAGGAGGAGGAGGAGGAGGAGUCCGAGAAGAGGCCGCAACCUUGGCUGAGGAAGCAACAGCCUUAA